GGAAAUUUUUCAAAUAAUAAUAAAGGCACAAGACAUGGCUCCAGCCUUCCGGGUAUUUUUAACAACUUAUUGAAUGAGACAAGAUCAAUUAUGCAUGAACUGAAAGAGUCAAAUAAAUGGGGAGUACCUAAUACCCUAACUGGAAUCGUUAUGUUUGCCGUAGAUGCGGACUGGUAUGGUUGGGGAAAAUUUCAAUUCUUUAUGCGAUGAAAGACUAUUUUCUUCACAUUUCACCAUGAUGUAAAUAAAGGGUAUCCUCCAUAUCACCACCUGAAAAUCCUAAAAGUAAACCAUAUCCUGCAGGUGAAACAGGAGGCUAGAUCAGAAGGACUUUUAAUGUCAGAAAAACAAUGUCUUUAAAGUAGGUAAGGAAAAGAAAAAUUAAUUCACUUCCUAAUUUCUGGAUUUAAAGAAACAAAUUGUAUAUCUUAAAAAAAGAAGUCAAAAAGCACCUCAGUUUCCUGGGCAAAUGCAAAUGAAGAAAACCAUAACCACAAUCACCCAAAAACAAUCAGGGUGGUGUUCCUUGUAGGCCCUUUCUGAGGAUUGGUAGAAACUGCAUUUUUUAAUCUCUGUUUUUAUGAUGGUCCCAAGGUCUUUUAAGGAAGGGGGUGGUGCAGGCACUGUAUAAAAGAAGCUGUCUUGAGAUUUCUAAAAUUUAUGCAAAACCUUCCUAGGUAAGGAAACUUACCAGGUUUGCCACCUGAUGGACCCAGUGAUGGCCCCAGAAGCCACCUUGGCUUAUCCAGAUUAUUUCUAUGCCACAAGCCCAGAUCCAGAUAUCGAGGAGACCUACUCUCAUGUUACUUAUACAUCAGUCUUCCUUCCUAUCUUUUACGCAGCUGUGUUCCUGAUUGGAGCGUUGGGGAACCUCAUCCUCAUGAGCGCACUGCAUUUCAAACGGGGCAGCCGAAGGCUCAUCGACAUCUUUAUCAUCAACCUGGCUGCCUCUGACUUCAUCUUCCUCGUCACUUUGCCUCUCUGGGUGGAUAAAGAAGCAUCUUUAGGACUGUGGAGGACAGGCUCUUUCCUGUGCAAAGGCAGCUCCUACAUGAUCUCAGUCAACAUGCACUGCAAUGUUUUCUUGCUCACCUGCAUGAGUGUGGACCGCUACCUGGCCAUCAUGUGUCCAGCCACAUCCAGGAAGUUCAGAAGGAGAGACUGUGCAUAUGGAGUCUGUGCCAGCGUCUGGUUUAUCUCCUGCCUCCUGGGGUUACCUACUCUUCUGUCCAGGGAGCUUACCCUGAUUGAUGGUAAGCCAUACUGUGCAGAGAAGAGGGCCACUUCAAUUAAACUGGCUUGGGCCCUGGUGGCCUUGACUUUUACAUUUUUUGCCCCUCUGGUGAGCAUUGUGACCUGCUACUGUUGCAUCACAAAGAAGCUGUGUUUUCAUUACCAGCAGUCGGGAAAGCAUAACAAAAAGCUGAGAAAGUCCAUCAAGAUCAUCUUUAUUGUGGUGGCAGCCUUUGUCUGCUCCUGGCUACCCUUUAAUACUUUCAAGCUCCUGGCUAUUGUCUCCGGGUUGCAGCAAGAACUCUCCUUUUCCUCAGCUUUUCUCCACCAGGGCAUGGAGGUGACUGGGCCCUUGGCAUUUGCCAACAGCUGUGUCAAUCCUGUCAUUUACUAUAUAUUUGACAGCUACAUCCGCCGGGCCAUUGUGCACUGCUUGUGUCCUUGCCUGAAGAACUACGACUUUGGGAGCAGCACCGAGACAUCAGACCUCACCAAGGCUCUCUCCAACUUCAUUCAGGCAGAAGAUUUUGCCAGAAGGAGGAAGAGGUCUGUGUCCCUCUAAAAGGGACAGUUACAUUUCAAGCUCCUUUGGUGGAUUGGAAAGUACAUUUGUGUCAGCGACAAAGAAAGGAGUAUUGCUCAUAGUAUUCAUAUUGCUUCAUAAAAACAAGAAAGAGUAAAUCUUUACAGAGAAGACUAGAAAGUCCCUGUGUCUGUGGAUAUAUAUAGGCCAUGCACUGUUUUUUUUUUAGCUGAGUGGCCUUAUUUGACCCCUUUCAGUCAAGUUCACCAGGCAAAAUACAACUCUUGUAUGUUCUUGAACUCGGAGGUAAAGGCUCCGACUUGGACCAGUUUCUUUCUUCAUGGUUGUCAGCCUACACUGAGGCCUUUUCCUAUCUCAGGAACCACGGUACCUUGAGCUACACCAUCCUUCACAUUCGGCUUCAAAGUGGACGACAUGUAAAGGAUUCUGCCCACUUACAUCUGGUGAGCAAUGGGGUGAUCACACAGGUAGUAAAAAAUAUAAUAUGCCUAUGCUCAGCAAUUCAUUGCUCCUGAGUAAUGAAGUGGAGUUCUGGCCUUAAUCUUUAGAACUUUGUAUGCUGAUUCUAUAACAUCUUCCAACACUGUCUUCACCCUAUACCACUCACAAUGAUGUUGGGCUGGCAAAAAACUCAUGGGGGUUAAAUCAUUUUGUACUAUGUGUAUGAUAUGGGACUUACUUUACCACUCAGUCUUCAGUAUUUUAAUGAGAAAGCAUAGGACAAGAUUUGAUUUAUAAGAUAUACUUGUAUGGUAAAAAUGUAUCUCAUUAUAAUUGUGUAGUAACUACUUUUCAAUGGGGUUUGGCUGUGGUCUUUGUUUUCAUUGCCUUUAUAAAUUAGGAUAUGACUUUUCUUUAAUUACAUGUUUUUAAUCACCCAGUUAUCUAGUUAUCAAAUAAAAACAUUACUACCACUAUAA